AUGUGGAACCACAACACACAUCCCAACCACCACAACAACAACAGUUCCUGGAACCACUACUCCUACACCCACUACUACAACCUCAACAUCGACAGCUCCACCUACAACAAAACAACAACUCAGCAUCUCAGCCCCACUACAACUCCAACCACUACUCCUACAUCAACCUCAACAGGAGUAACAACUACCCACUGCAGUGGUGAAGAAACAUGUGUGUGGUCAGACUGGAUCAACCUUGGUCAGCCAACCUCUGGAUCUGAAGGUGGAGAUAAUGAAUCCAUUAAGAACAUCAUUGCUGCUGGUUAUCACAUUUGCUCAUCUCCAGAGGCAGUUGAAUGUAGAGCAAAACAAUACCCUGGACUUCAGAUCUCUCAGCUUGGCCAAGACGUGACUUGCAAUCCAUCCGUUGGACUGAUUUGUAACAAUAAUAAGCAAGGUCUUCAGCAAAAGUGCUUUGAUUAUGAGAUUCGAGUGAAAUGUUGUCAAUGUGGAACCACAACACACAUCCCAACCACAACAACAACAACAGUUCCUCCAACCACAACUCCUACACCCACUACUAAAACCUUAACAUCGACAGUUCCAUCUACAACAACAAGUCGGCCUCUCAGCUCUACUACAACUCCAACCACUACUCCUACAUACACCACAACAGGAGUAUCAACUACUCCCUGCAGUGGUGAAGAAACAUGUGUGUGGUCAGACUGGAUCAACCUUGGUCAGCCAACCUCUGGAUCUGAAGGUGGAGAUAAUGAAUCCAUUAAGAACAUCAUUGCUGCUGGUUAUCACAUUUGCUCAUCUCCAGAGGCAGUUGAAUGUAGAGCAAAACAAUACCCUGGACUUCAGAUCUCUCAGCUUGGCCAAGACGUGACUUGCAAUCCAUCCGUUGGACUGAUUUGUAACAAUAAUAAGCAAGGUCUUCAGCAAAAGUGCUUCGAUUAUGAGAUUCGAGUGAAAUGUUGUCAAUGUGGAACCACAACACACAUCCCAACCACCACAACAACAACAGUUCCUGGAACCACUACUCCUACACCCACUACUACAACCUCAACAUCGACAGCUCCACCUACAACAAAAACAACAACUCAGCAUCUCAGCCCCACCACAACUCCAACCACUACUCCUACAUCAACCUCAACAGGAGUAACAACUACCCACUGCAGUGGUGAAGAAACAUGUGUGUGGUCAGACUGGAUCAACCUUGGUCAGCCAACCUCUGGAUCUGAAGGUGGAGAUAAUGAAUCCAUUAAGAACAUCAUUGCUGCUGGUUAUCACAUUUGCUCAUCUCCAGAGGCAGUUGAAUGUAGAGCAAAACAAUACCCUGGACUUCAGAUCUCUCAGCUUGGCCAAGACGUGACUUGCAAUCCAUCCGUUGGACUGAUUUGUAACAAUAAUAAGCAAGGUCUUCAGCAAAAGUGCUUCGAUUAUGAGAUUCGAGUGAAAUGUUGUCAAUGUGGAACCACAACACACAUCCCAACCACCACAACAACAACAGUUCCUGGAACCACUACUCCUACACCCACUACUACAACCUCAACAUCGACAGCUCCACCUACAACAAAAACAACAACUCAGCAUCUCAGCCCCACUACAACUCCAACCACUACUCCUACAUCAACCUCAACAGGAGUAACAACUACCCACUGCAGUGGUGAAGAAACAUGUGUGUGGUCAGACUGGAUCAACCUUGGUCAGCCAACCUCUGGAUCUGAAGGUGGAGAUAAUGAAUCCAUUAAGAACAUCAUUGCUGCUGGUUAUCACAUUUGCUCAUCUCCAGAGGCAGUUGAAUGUAGAGCAAAACAAUACCCUGGACUUCAGAUCUCUCAGCUUGGCCAAGACGUGACUUGCAAUCCAUCCGUUGGACUGAUUUGUAACAAUAAUAAGCAAGGUCUUCAGCAAAAGUGCUUCGAUUAUGAGAUUCGAGUGAAAUGUUGUCAAUGUGGAACCACAACACACAUCCCAACCACCACAACAACAACAGUUCCUGGAACCACUACUCCUACACCCACUACUACAACCUCAACAUCGACAGCUCCACCUACAACAAAAACAACAACUCAGCAUCCAAGCCCCAGCCCCAGCCCCACUACAACUCCAACCACUACUCCUACAUCAACCUCAACAGGAGUAACAACUACCCACUGCAGUGGUGAAGAAACAUGUGUGUGGUCAGACUGGAUCAACCUUGGUCAGCCAACCUCUGGAUCUGAAGGUGGAGAUAAUGAAUCCAUUAAGAACAUCAUUGCUGCUGGUUAUCACAUUUGCUCAUCUCCAGAGGCAGUUGAAUGUAGAGCAAAACAAUACCCUGGACUUCAGAUCUCUCAGCUUGGCCAAGACGUGACUUGCAAUCCAUCCGUUGGACUGAUUUGUAACAAUAAUAAGCAAGGUCUUCAGCAAAAUUGCUUCGAUUAUGAGAUUCGAGUGAAAUGUUGUCAAUGUGGAACCACAACACACAUCCCAACCACCACAACAACAACAGUUCCUGGAACCACUACUCCUACACCCACUACUACAACCUCAACAUCGACAGCUCCACCUACAACAAAACAACAACUCAGCAUCUCAGCCCCACUACAACUCCAACCACUACUCCUACAUCAACCUCAACAGGAGUAACAACUACCCACUGCAGUGGUGAAGAAACAUGUGUGUGGUCAGACUGGAUCAACCUUGGUCAGCCAACCUCUGGAUCUGAAGGUGGAGAUAAUGAAUCCAUUAAGAACAUCAUUGCUGCUGGUUAUCACAUUUGCUCAUCUCCAGAGGCAGUUGAAUGUAGAGCAAAACAAUACCCUGGACUUCAGAUCUCUCAGCUUGGCCAAGACGUGACUUGCAAUCCAUCCGUUGGACUGAUUUGUAACAAUAAUAAGCAAGGUCUUCAGCAAAAGUGCUUUGAUUAUGAGAUUCGAGUGAAAUGUUGUCAAUGUGGAACCACAACACACAUCCCAACCACCACAACAACAACAGUUCCUGGAACCACUACUCCUACACCCACUACUACAACCUCAACAUCGACAGCUCCACCUACAACAAAAACAACAACUCAGCAUCUCAGCCCCACUACAACUCCAACCACUACUCCUACAUCAACCUCAACAGGAGUAACAACUACCCACUGCAGUGGUGAAGAAACAUGUGUGUGGUCAGACUGGAUCAACCUUGGUCAGCCAACCUCUGGAUCUGAAGGUGGAGAUAAUGAAUCCAUUAAGAACAUCAUUGCUGCUGGUUAUCACAUUUGCUCAUCUCCAGAGGCAGUUGAAUGUAGAGCAAAACAAUACCCUGGACUUCAGAUCUCUCAGCUUGGCCAAGACGUGACUUGCAAUCCAUCCGUUGGACUGAUUUGUAACAAUAAUAAGCAAGGUCUUCAGCAAAAGUGCUUUGAUUAUGAGAUUCGAGUGAAAUGUUGUCAAUGUGGAACCACAACACACAUCCCAACCACCACAACAACAACAGUUCCUGGAACCACUACUCCUACACCCACUACUACAACCUCAACAUCGACAGCUCCACCUACAACAAAAACAACAACUAAGCAUCCCAGCCCCACUACAACUCCAACCACUACUCCUACAUCAACCUCAACAGGAGUAACAACUACCCACUGCAGUGGUGAAGAAACAUGUGUGUGGUCAGACUGGAUCAACCUUGGUCAGCCAACCUCUGGAUCUGAAGGUGGAGAUAAUGAAUCCAUUAAGAACAUCAUUGCUGCUGGUUAUCACAUUUGCUCAGCUCCAGAGGCAGUUGAAUGUAGAGCAAAACAAUACCCUGGACUUCAGAUCUCUCAGCUUGGCCAAGACGUGACUUGCAAUCCAUCCGUUGGACUGAUUUGUAACAACAAUAAGCAAGGUCUUCAGCAAAAGUGCUUUGAUUACGAGAUUCGAGUGAAAUGUUGUCAAUGUGGACCCACAACACACAUCCCAACCACAACAACAACAUCAACAGUUCCUCCAACCACAACUCCUACACCCACUACUAAAACCUUAACAUCGACAGUUCCAUCUACAACAACAAGUCGGCCUCCCACCUCUACUACAACUCCAACCACUACUCCUACAUACACCACAACAGGAGUAUCAACUACUCCCUGCAGUGGUGAAGAAACAUGUGUGUGGUCAGACUGGAUCAACCUUGGUCAGCCAACCUCUGGAUCUGAAGGUGGAGAUAAUGAAUCCAUUAAGAACAUCAUUGCUGCUGGUUAUCACAUUUGCUCAGCUCCAGAGGCAGUUGAGUGCAGAGCUAAACAGUACCCUGGACUUCAGAUCUCUCAGCUUGGCCAAGAUUUGACUUGCAAUCCAUCCGUUGGACUGAUUUGUAACAACAAUAAGCAAGGUCUCCAGCAAAAGUGCUUCGAUUAUGAGAUUCGAGUGAAAUGUUGUCAAUGUGGACCCACAACUCACAUCCCAACGACCACAACAUUGGCUCCCACAACAACAAUGACAACAACUCAGCCACCCUUCACUAGUGUUAUUCCUACAACCUCAUUAGUUGUAAUAACUGGUGGAACAACCAAACCAACGAUUCCAUCCACUGAACACAUUAAUUGUUCUUGCUACUUCAAUCAUACUGAUUUCCCCAUUGGUAAGUUUUAAUAUUCCCCCUUUCCAAGUUUGAAACCUUUUGUACGUUACCAUUAAUUUACCCAUUAUUAAUGUUCAAUUUGUAUGGCAUUAUACACGUUAAAUUUGAAAUCUUUUAAUGCUCCUAAAAUACUUUCAGGCUCAAAUGUCUACAAUGUCUCUGACCAUGAUGGAUGGUGCUACUAUGCUUUCUGCAACAAUACUUGUGAAGUAGAAACACAUUCUACCAGAUGUAAUACAUCAACUACUCCAGUUCCUCCUACUACACCAACCACUACACACCUUUCAACAACAACAGAAAGACCAACCACCACCCCAAAACAACCACCUCCUAACUGUGACCAUGACCAUCCUCCAAGACUGGUAUUUACUCUGCUAUAGAUAAUAACUUUUGUGGAAUCAUUCCAUAGGAAUUAUUAUUUACAAAAUGAUGAUUUUAUUACAAAAAUAAUUGUUUUAUUUCAUAGAUAUUUCCUGUAAGCCUAAUAUUUUUCUGUGUUUGUAGAACGGUGAAAGCUGGAUCCAUAACCAGUGCACCAAUGGAACAUGCGCCAACGGGAAAGUUAUUUAUGAGCAUGUACAAUGUGAGACUCCGAAGCCUAUAGCAUGUGAAAAUAACUAUCCUCCAAUCCAAGUGUAUGACGAAUCUGGAUGCUGUUUCCACUAUGAGUGUCAAUGUAAGUUCACAAAAUCCACUUUAGCUAUUGAUUUUAGUUCAAAAUCUGAAAAAUUAUACUUACUAUUGACUGGUUUCGAGUUAUCUAAUAGUUACCAGCAGUAAAUGUAUAUGAAUGUCUAACAAGGGAAACAUAUCAUCACAGCACUAUUAAUUCAGCAUAAAACAUUCCACAUCCGUGUGCUUUUAAAUGAUAAUUGUUCUCUUCUUACAAAGGUAUCUGCUAUGGUUGGGGAGACCCUCACUAUGUCACCUUUGAUGGAACAUACUAUGGCUUCCAAGGAAAUUGUUCUUACGUCUUGGUCAAAGAAAUCCUGCCAAAGUACAACUUCAGUGUUGUAAUCGACAAUUACUAUUGUGAUGCCCCAGAUGGGCUUUCCUGUCCUCAGUCUCUGACAAUUUAUUAUCAAUCUUACGAGAUAUUCAUGACCAAGAAGGACGUUGAUGGAGUUUUCACAAGUCUGGUAAUUAAAAUAUCUAAAAUACUGAAUGUUCAAGACAUUUUCAUUCAUUUUUCAUUUAAGAGGAAUUAGCUUUUUGAUUAGCUUAGAUAUAAAUUAGCUUUCAUUUAAGAUGGAUAUACUUCCUCUAUGUAUUAGAUAAAGGAGACAGUUCUAGAAUAGUAUUGGGUAUACAAAUAUUGAAUUAUUGUAACCAUUUUUGUCUUAGAUUGAUGUAAACCAGCAACGCAUCAUCCCAGCAUAUGAGACCAAGGACUUCCGCAUCACAGACAACGGAAUUGACACCCUUUUAGUCAUACCAGCAAUUAAUGCCAAGGUGUCUUUCACUGGUCUUAUGUUUAGCAUAUACCUGCCCUGGGACAAGUUCAGUGGCAACACUGAGGGACAGUGUGGUGAGUACAGGUGUUUUACGGUCACUCUGUUACCAUGAUUACCCCAUGAUGUCUCAUUGUCUAACAAUGGUAUUCAAUAUUAUUCAGGGACAUGUGACAACAACCGGACAGAUGACUGUCGCUUGCCAAAUGGGACUAUCGAUUCAUCUUGUCCUGACAUGGCACACCAAUGGCAUGUUGCUGACCACAAUAACAGUCAGUGCACGCCACCACCACCAGAGCCGACACCACCACAACCAACAUGCAGCGAUCCACCUAUUUGUCAUCUCAUUCAAAGCGAGUAAGUAGCAAUUCGUAUUUACAAGAAACCUAUCUUCUCUGUAGGAUCGAUAACCUUUCAAUCAGAAUCAUCUCAGUGCCAGCAACUUGACAUACUAAAACACGGCAAUCAUUUGAAAAAGCCUGAAGACAGUACGAAGUGAAUUAUCGUGUUUAAGUAUCUACUCUAACUGAAGCGUGGCAUCUUUUUAAGGGUCUUUGAGAGUUGCCAUAAGGUAAUCCCCUACGAGCCAUUCCUUGUGGCAUGCAUCUUUGAUGUGUGUCAUAUGAGAGAUGUCAAAAUUGGCUGCACCAGCAUGCAGACCUAUGCUGAUGCAUGUGCACAAGCAGGAGUCUGUAUUGAGUGGAGAAAUUAUACAAAUGGACAAUGUGGUAAGUAGAUCACUCCUCAAGACCAUAAAACUCAGACAGACUCUGUAUGAUGUAGCUUAUUAGUUAUUAACCUUUUUCUCUCACCCUCUACAGACUUCACAUGCGAGAAACCCAAGGUUUAUAAUGCCUGCGGUCCACAGGUUGAACCAACCUGUAAUGCCUGGUAUGUAUAAUGCUGUUGUUGUUCAGUGGAUGGGCAUAAUGAUGGGGAAAAGUCUCUCAGGUAUUGACACUUUUUAAAUAUCUCUGCAGGUACAAUUUUAAAUUCAUCCAGACUCAAAAUGAGUUCAGUGUCAUGGGAGAUAUAGAAUUGGAGGGAUGUUAUUGCCCCAAUGGUACCAUUCUGAUGAGUUCCACUUCAAACUACUGUAUCCCCAGCUGUGGUAAGGAUGGUUCAAUAACAGCAUUGUAUGAUGACGGUGUGGUGACUGACAGUAUGGUGCUGUGAUAGUAGCUACAUCCUGCUGACCUUCACUUUGGGAAUCACAAAGUGUUAAUUGUUCAUUGCUACUGUAAUUGUCUUUUGAAAGCUGGUUCAGCUUUUUGUAAAAAAACAACAACAAAGAAAACUGUUUAACCACAGCAUUUUUCACAGAUACUUCAAUGGUGUUGGUUUUGGUUUAUAUUGAUUUAUAUUGAUUUUAUCAAGUGCUUCCGGUACAUACAGUACAUUAUCAAAACUAAGUAGUGGAAUGUACUGUAUUUCAAUUACAAUGUAUUAUUUUCUCUUUGGUUCGUCAGAUAUUUGCCCGUUGCCAAAUGGAGAAUGGAAAGAGGUAAAAUUGUAGUUGAAUUUCUCUCACAGGUUUUAGCAGAGAACAGAAACAAUUUGUUUCUGAUAUACACAUUAACAUCAUGUGGGUAGUUCACUUUUGACAAUCAUGUAUAAUAAUGUAUGCAAUAGUAAUAAUAAUAAUAAUAAUAACAAUAAUAAUAAUAAUUUAUUACAUUUCUAUAGUGCUUUUCUUAGAACCUCAAAGCGCUUCAGUAAUGCAUGAUUCCACACACAGAAUGAUUGAACUUUGUGCUGGUCGUGUCAAUGCAAACCUUGAUGAGCUUAAAUUGUUCCUCAUUGCAGGCUAAUGAGACCUGGGUGAGCAACUGCCAGGAUUGUGUUUGUGACCAGUACAGUCUGGAAAUCCAAUGCCAGCCUGUGGCAUGCCAACAUCAGCCUCCUCUCACCUGUGAUCAGGAGGGCCAAGUUAAGGUCGUAGAAACUGUUGACUGUUGUCAAAAGGACAAAUGCGGUGAGUGACUUGUUAGGAUAAUGUGCUCUAUAUGUGGGCUUUCUAACAUCUCCAUUUAAACAUUAACAUUUUUGGUGACUACCUAAUAUAUCCAACCAAUGUGGCCAUUUUCAUCGUUUUUAAAACAAUAGUUGUUUCUUUCUAACAGAGUGUGAUGUCAAACGAUGCUCUACUUCCAAGAUAACUUGUCCAGUCGGAUUCGAGAUAGAGGCAACUAUGGGAGUCUGUUGCCCAACUUAUCAAUGCUGUGAGUAUGCGUCUGCAUGUGCUUGAGUGUGCAUACCAUAGAUAUCCCAACAUGUUAGUUGCUGUAUUGAGUGGUUAUCCAUGUUCUUUGCCCCACAGUGCCAAUGGAUGUCUGCGUAUUUAACAACACUGAAUAUCAGGUGAGAAUGCUAUCUAUGCAAUGUUCAUUUUGGCCAGUCCCACCACUUCUACACUAUCAACAAUUUUGAAUUUAACUUAUUAAAAGAGGACAAAGUUAUUUUACUUGCAUACAUUAAUAACAAAUGAAGUUAAACUAAACAAAUUAAAACCCUCCAUAAAGCAAUUAGAGGCCUCUAUUAGGGUCAAUCCUUUCAUGAGAUUAGACAAACAUUAGAUUAGAUAGAACACAAAAAGUGUCUCAAUUCAUACAUUUUCCAUUGAAAUGUUGCAUUUUCUCAUUCCAGCCUGGUGCCAAUGUUCCCGAGGACAAGUGUAAGAAUUGUGUGUGUGGUGACAGGGUGGAUCCCCAAACCCAUCUACAUAUCAUUGAGUGUCAACCUACUGAAUGUGACACUCACUGCCAGCAGGUAAGUGAUCUCCAUUAACACAUUUACACCCUUUGGCCUCAUAUGUAAUUCAACCAAUAUUUGCCAAGUUCUUAUCCAUGUCAAAAUAUUAUAAUAACCCUGAUUCAUCUGUGUCCACAAUUGGGCUACUACUGAAUAAGUGUAAUUACUAGUGAAUUACCUGGAUCACACAUUGGUAUGAGAGAGAUCAUGUGCACAUCAUAAAGGUUUUCUCCUCUCUGGGCUGACUUCUUCCUUACAGGGCUAUGAUCAUCAAGCCGUUCCUGGGCAGUGUUGUGGGAAGUGUGUACAGACAAGCUGUGUGGUUAUGCUGCCAGAUAACACCACACACACUAUUCAGGUAAAAUAGCAUCAGGCAGCAUUACUAUUUACAAUUCGUUAAACAUAUCAGUCCUAUUUCGCUUGAUUAUUUAAAAACACCAACAUGUAAUUGUACUGUAGCACUAAAGUGUUAUGCAAAAUAACUAUCUUACCAAUGAUACAGUAUAUCUUAAAUCAUUUGAAGAAUCUCCUGUUGAUAUCUUUCACAUUCUCACCUCUACAGCCUGGUUCCAUCUGGAUACCAUCUGGAGACAAGUGUCUCAAGUUUGAGUGCGUAAAGAUUAUGGACCAACUCAUCACAAUGGAGGCUAAGACUGUGUGCCCUGACUUCUACCCAGAAGACUGCAUACCCGUGAGUUACAAUAAAUUAUCUGUAGUCCGGGAAACUGGCCCAUUUUAAAAACAACUGGACAAUGUGCAAAAUCAUACUUGUGAAAUUCAGUUUAAACAUGCCCAGUCGCUCAGACCAAGUCCUGUUGCUUAAUAUGGUAAACCUACUGUGUAUUUAUGUGAGGUUACAGACACCUGCUGCUUAAAGUGAACCAUGCAAGAGCACUGCACUGAAAAACAUGUGGAGCCGGUUUGGUAAACGCUACGUCAGUGACUUAAAAAUGUCCUUGUUUUUUCUUCCAUGUUCUUGUUUUUAAGGGAACUGAAGUCAUUGCUCCAGAUGGUUGCUGCCAUGUCUGUGAGUGUCUUUUUAACACCAUCCUUUUUGAUGGACAUUUGUAAAUCAUUCUUCCCCUUUAUCAUGCAUUGAAAAAAUAAUUUUAGCUAUUGCCAUGGUCCUCAGGAUGAUUAACAUUAAUUCAUUUGAAAAUGUCACUUUUGUGUCCAGGUAUUCCAAAAUAUAAGCCAUGCAACGUGACAAAGGGCAAAGUGUACCUGGACAGCAAUGGCUGCAAGUCUGCAAAUGAGGUGGAAGUGACAACAUGCGGUGGAUCCUGUGGCACCUAUGCCAUGUGAGUAUUUUGAUCAUUCCUGAAAUAUUUCAGGAACACUAACACAUUAAUCCUCCCAAUAAAGCAGAAUUGGGCUGCCUGUCUAAAUGCAAACUGCAAAUUAUAUUUGCAGUAAUAUGUUAUGUUACAAUGGCUGUGUUUGCAUAUCAAAUCAAAUCAAAUCACAUUUUAUUGGCCACAUGCGCCGAAUACAACAGGUGCAGACAUUACAGUGAAAUGCUUACUUACAGCCCUUAACCAACAGUGCAUUUAUUUUUAACAAAAAAGUAAAAAUAAAACAACAACAAAAAAAGUGUUGAGAAAAAAAGAGCAGAAUUAAAAUAAAAUAACUGUAGGGAGGCUAUAUAUACAGGGGGGUACCGGUGCAGAGUCAAUGUGCGGGGGCACCGGCUAGUUGAGGUAGUUGAAGUAAUAUGUACAUGUGGGUAGAGUUAAAGUGACUAUGCAUAAAUAAUUAACAGAGUAGCAGCAGCGUAAAAGGAUGGUGUGGGGGGGGGGCAGUGCAAAUAGUCCGGGUAGCCAUGAUUAGCUGUUCAGGAGUCUUAUGGCUUGGGGGUAGAAGCUGUUGAGAAGUCUGAGUUUACACAGGCAGCCCAAUUCUGAUAUUUUGCCCAAUUAUUGGCAAAAGAGCUCAUCUGAUUGGUCAAAACAUCAGAAUUAGUCUGCCUGUGUAAACUCAGUCAGUGUUAUAUAAUUACAACUGCUACCAUCACUACUUCCACAUAAUGACAUGGCCUCUCGUUUCUGUUUUCAGGUAUUCUCUUGAGGCCAACAUGAUGGAGCGCUCUUGUAGCUGCUGUCGGGAAGUAUCCACCACCAAGAAGGAAGUGGAGAUGAUCUGCCCAGACGGGUCAAAGUACAACCACUCCUACAUCCACAUCAAUAAAUGUGGCUGCCAGAGGACAGAGUGCGUGACCCCGGAGGAGACCCAGGUCACAAGGUCACGACGCAGGAGAAGAUGAAUGACUCGCCACUACCAUCCCUUUACUGCUUAGAUUAGUUCUCUAUUUAUGUUCAACUUGUUCACUUUCCUGCAAAGUACUCUGCUAAAAGUAGGAUAAAUAGUUUCAGCUUUUUUGUCUAAUUUUGUUUUGUUUUAGCCAUUCAAAACACAUAAAUAAAUUUGGCAACAGGCUAUGCAUAUAUACCACGUUCUUGUUUUCAUUCCUUUUGAAAUUCUGUUGAGAAAUAUUUGAUUGCAGACAUCCAGUUCAACAGUGACUUAUCCUCUUCCAGACAAACAACCACAAUUCAAAGUGUCAAAACAAAUUUGAGAUGGUGUUAGGUUAGAGAAACUGAUCAGUAAUCAGAAAGUUGCUGGUUUCAGAUCCCUGGCACCACUUCCUACAGUUGUCCUUGAGCAACGCACUUAGCUAACCUCUACAUAGCUCCAGGGGCAGCACUGUGGCUGACCCUGUGCUCCUCCCUAUACAGUACUAAAGACACAUUUUCGCCUUUGAUGGACUAAUCAUUUAAUAAAGUACUUAUCCUAACUCAUCUCUCAUAUUAAAUAAAGUAUACA